UGAAAGAUAAAGGGAAAACAUAUAUGAAUUCAUAUUCUUUACGUGAGACAUAAUCACCAGAUUGUUUUGAGGACAUGUCAUUGAAGCCCAAAUCAUAAAUUCUAAGUAAAAAAAUGAUUAAAGGUUAUAAUCUAAUUUUGCACGGGUCAUAAUAGCGAUGUCUCGUUAAAACGAAAAAUAAAAAAUAAACAUGUAAUUUCUAGGGCUUUUUUAUGUUACGUGUUGCGAUGAAUGCGCGUACGAAAUCUUGAUAUUACGAAUGCGUUUGAACUAGAGAUUACCAAAAGAAAAUUGAAGUAUAGAAUUUGGAUUCGAAUUUUGCAUAUUCAUACGAACCUUGAUCUCAUCAUACUACAACAUCAAAUCUGAGAAGUUUGAGAUCUCUCCGGCAACCAUGGGAGCGGCGGCGAGCUCGUCUACCUCGAGAUCGAGCUCGCUGACGGUUGGGGAAAAAGUAUGUGCGGCGUUGAUACCGUGUGCGGUGGUACUUGAGAUUCUGAUCUACGGCUUUGCGUCUUGUUUCGAUGAUCGAAGAAGCUCUCCGGUUAAGCCGGGUCACACUUUUGACGACGUCACUCGUCUCGCUCAUAAUUCUCCAUUUUCGGUUAAUGAAGUGGAAGCAUUGCGCGAAUUGUUCAAUCGGUUGAGCAAUUCGAUCAUAACCGAUGGGCUCAUACACAAGGAGGAGCUCCAAUUAGCUUUACUCAAUUCAGCAGGUGGAGAGAAUCUUUUCUUGAACAGGGUUUUCGAUCUAUUUGAUGAGAAGCAAAAUGGUGUUAUUGAAUUCGAGGAGUUUGUCCAUGUCUUAAGCAUCUUCCAUCCUCAUGCCCCAAUGGAACAAAAAAUUGAUUUUGCCUUCAGAUUAUAUGAUUUAAGACGAACAGGGUUCAUAGAAAGAGAAGAAGUUAAAGAAAUGAUUGUUGCUACUUUAAAGGAAACCGGAAUGGUUCUUUCUGAAGAAAUUCUUGAAGAGAUAAUCGAUAAUACUUUUGCUGAUGCGGAUGCUGACAUGGAUGGAAGAAUCAACAAAGAUGAGUGGAGAAACUUUGUUAUACGACGACCCCAACUCUUAAAAAACAUGACUCUUCCAUCUUUAAGGGAUGUGACAACAGCGUUUCCAAGUUUUAUAUUCAACACGGGAGUAGAUGAUUGAUUGACAACAAAAAUUUAUCAUUUUUUUGGAUAGUUUUAAUACUCAUUUUUAUGGAGUUUGUGGUUUUGUAUCUAAAUUGAAUUUAAGUUUUAUUUGUUGUUUUAAUAUGAAAACUAGCACACCAUCAUUCUUCUUUCCAUUGUAUUCAAUAAUAUAAAUCCAUCAUGACCUACUUCAUGAAGAAAACAACAAUAACAACAAUCCAAUUUUCACACCUUUAUACAACAUUCAAGCAAAUAUGUAAGGGAUAAACCAAAAUACAACAUUACCAAAUGUACAAUUCCAAGUGUAUUUAUUAUAUGUCUACAAGGUGGGGAUAGACUUUGAGCGGAUGAAUUGUUUGAGUAUGGCUUUUUCUUCAUCGAUUCGUUUUUUCUCUUGAGGAUCUUUUGUUUUCACUUUUCUUUUCUCCUCCAAUAUCCACUUGAAGAGCUCU